GGAAGCUGUUGAGUACAUCUUCCUGUGGCUGUGGACCUGGAACCUUUAUAAAGUGACCAAGCACGCCUUCCUAUCCAGUCUCAGUGUGCUGCGAAGCCACCAGCCAUGAGGAUCCACUACCUUCUCUUUGCCUUGCUCUUCUUGUUCCUGAUGCCUCUUCCAGGUAAUGGAAGAAUCAUAAAUACAUUACAAAGGUAUUAUUGCAAAAUAAGACGCGGCCGCUGUGCUGUGCUUGGCUGCCUUCCAAAAGAGGAACAGAUAGGUAGCUGUUCUCUGAGUGGCCGAAAAUGCUGCCGAAAGAGGAAAUGAAAAAUCCAGAAACACGAUGAGAAAGCUUCAACUUGUGAAAAUGUCUCCUUGAAGUCUACAGAAGCCAAAUCAGAUUAAUUUUUUUUUGAAAAAUUAAAAGCUUGGUUAUUAUUAUUAUUUUUCAAAAUUCUGUUUAUGGUGCUAUUUGUUACCAAACAGACAACUUAGAAAGUGUUAAUGACUCGCCUGUAAUUCAAAUAAAGCAUAAUCUCUAGAGGAAUCCACAAGAGGUUCUAAACCGAUGU